CCGACGUAAACAACGCGUUGGCGCCAGCCGGUCACGCCGGCAACGCCUACUAUUGCAUUUUCGUUUAUUUACCUUGCGCAUUCCCGUUUCAGUUUGGGAGAGGACUACCUGAAAGCGUAAGUGUAUGAAAAGACACCUCUCCGCGGGCACGCCAACUGCAGCCAUGUCGGCCGACCUGACCACAGCAAUCGUCGCCUUUACCUUAGACCUGUACAAGCAACUUCUUUCCGAGAGUCCCAGUGAGACGAAGAACAUUGUCGUCUCUCCGUUCAGCAUCGCAGCUGCUCUGUCAAUGACUCUCGCUGGUGCCAAAGGGAACACAGCCGCUGAAAUCACCACUGUCCUCCAUACGAAAGGUGACAUGAUCCAUGCCCACUUCGCGGACUUCUUUGCAAAAGUCGCAACCUAUGCACCGGACGUGACGUUGGACAUUGCUAAUCGCAUGUACACUGAACAAACAUUCGAAGUUCUGGAAAGCUAUCUCUCUGCACUGAAGAAAUUUUACAACAGUACUGUCGUGCCUGUCGAUUUCAAGAACAACGCUGAAGCGGCCAGAGUUGCAAUCAACGCAUGGGUAGAAGAAACGACUAAGACCAAGAUAAAAGACCUUCUUCCCAACGGCGUUGUGGAUUCCGACACUGCGCUCGUGUUGGUCAAUGCCAUUUACUUCAAGGGCCUGUGGAACAAGCAGUUCAAUCCCGAGGUGACCAGCCUGCAGGAGUUUCGCACGUCCAAGGAAUCGUCUAAACAGGUCCACAUGAUGUACAAGCAGUCGCACUUUAAGAUCAACACCGAAUGCUCCGACCUGAACGCCAACGCCAUCGAAAUCCCAUACAAAGGCGGCAAGACGUCCAUGGUGAUUCUUCUGCCCCACGAAAUUGACGGACUUUCGAAGCUGGAGGCAGCACUCACACCGUCCAAACUGUCGGAUGUCUUGAAGGGGCUCGACAGCGAGAUCGUCGACCUCAGUCUCCCGCGUUUCAGGAUCGAGUACAGCAUGGAUCUAAAGAAAACGCUUCGCACUAUGGGCGUGAAAGAUUUGUUCGCUGACAAUGCAGCUGAUCUCUCGGGAAUAGACGGGAAAAGGGACCUCGUGAUUUCGGCAGCAGUUCACAAAGCCUUCGUAGAAGUCAAUGAAGAAGGAACGGAGGCGGCAGCAGCUACGGGAAUGGUGGCAAUGGCAAGGUGUGCCAUUAUCGGCAUUCCUUUCUCAGUCGACCACCCGUUCAUGUACUUCAUUCGAAGUCAUGACCCGGACGUUAUUCUUUUUGCGGGGUCAGUACGCGAUGUGUAAGCAGCUGCUGACAUGAUUCACUUAGCGCUUGUUUAGACGAGUGGUCAGAGUGCAAUAUUUCUCCGGUGAGUGGCUCAUUUUCUCUGUGAUGUUGUAACGCUGAGCAAAAAUUCGAGGGUUCACUUGCUGCUGGUGGAGGCCGCUUUCCGAAGAGAGAUGUGAGCAUAGCUUUGGGCGCCUUUUCGAGAAGGGCUCUCUACAAAACAAACAUAAGUGUACACAAAAACACUUUUGAUGGACUUGCGAGAGAAUUUAAGGUGAUACCUUUCUAAUUUUGUGUUUUUGCACUUUGCUUCAGUAUCAUAAUGCAGUAAUUCGCUAUCAUCAAGCGUUACCACAGUACUACUUCCUAAGCCAAACUGCAGGAUAAUCUCUUUAAUUUAAACCUGAAGAGAUUCGGAAAGUAUGUUCCAUUUAGCAGGAGUUGCAUUUACUGAGAAAUAUGUACAGAGGUGUAGCUCCCAAAUAGAAAAACAAAUUGGACGCAGUUCUUUUUAAGCAGCAAUUUAUUUUAACUGAUUUUCAUUUUCUAGAAUCCUACUGUAUUUCGAUGAAGUGUGCAUAAAUGCUAUAUUGUGUAGGAUCCUUGUGUGAUGGUUACUGUAAACCCGUCCACUUGCGUCAGUCAACUCAAGAAUCGCGUUUCACUGCCUGAUGGUUGUUACUGCUUUAUAUAAUACAUCUGUGGCCUUCGUUGUUAUAUUGCUUGUGUAUUUGGGUGAUAUUGAGCAGCUGUGAACCAGCACAAUUCUUGGUGGUGGUUGAUAUUUGCUGUGCUUUCGUGGGCAAUUUGCCCAUGCCCACCUUCAUUUCUUAGAGUGUCGAUUUUAAAUAAACUCUGAAUGGAUGUGGACAGUUUUUUUAUAUUCUACUUAUAGAUAACAAAAAAAGGAGUACGCAUUCUAAUGUCAACAACGCAUAGGCAGCUAUUAUAUGUUGGGUCUAUUGACAACACUCAUUGCGAAGACUUUUCUUUUUUUGAAGCCCUUCUUUACUACAGUCGAAGUUAGAAGCUGUUGUCUUUGUGUGCUGUUGCACUGCUUCGAGAAGCUUAAUACUACUGUCUUUGCGUAAUAUGUGUGCCAGAAAACUGGGAUGCUUAACAGAAUGGCUGUUUCUCUCCUCACCUUGAUGCAGGUUUUGAGUGCUGAACUGUGGUGAUAAUUACGUUCCUAAACCAGAUGUUGUACCAGACAUAGUGUAGAUUAUCGGGCAUGGUAGGUGUGAGCAAUCUUUAUGGCUUUUGUUGAAAUUGGUGAUGGUGCUCAAAUGCCUUUCGGAAGUGGGCUUGUAUGUGCUUCUAGCACCGUAGUAUAGUGUGCUCAGCAACUUUAUAUGUAUGAGUGCUGCGUCACCCCACAAUAUAUACUGCCAUGUCUUGAAGGUGCUGGUGCGAGUUUCUUUUGUUUACCUGUCAUCUGUAUGGAUUGGGUUAUUGUUCAUGUUCUCCUAACUUGACAGUGUUUAUGUGCUUUGUCACAUGUUUCUGGCACUCUCGAUUCACGUAAAAAUGUCUUUUUGCUUUGGAUUUGACAGAUUGUGGCUCAUGUUUGAUGUUGUGACUCAAAAACGUGUAUGCUUUUGCUGUUUUUAAUCGACACUGGCACCUGUUGUAUGAACAAAAAAAAAAGUGCUGCAAAGUAAAAAUAAAUGCACAUUUCUUCGGCUUCUCUCUUCACUGAA